CGCCAAAUCCCCGGGAGAGGGUGUCGGUGGCUUUUGCUAUCGGAUUAGGGAACCCAUAUUUUGUACCUGGAGUUUCUGUCGGCCAGAGCUGGGAGGAGCUGCCAGGCUGUGGAGGUGCCUGGUCCUGCUAGCCCAGCAAGCCUGAUAAGCAUGAAGCUCCUAUCUCUGGUAGCGGUUGCCGGGUGCUUGCUGGUGCCCCCAGCUCAAGCCUACAAGAGUUCUGAAGAUAUCCGCUGCAAAUGCAUCUGUCCACCCUACAGAAACAUCAGUGGGCACAUUUACAACCAGAAUGUGUCCCAGAAAGACUGCAACUGCCUGCACGUGGUGGAGCCCAUGCCAGUGCCUGGCCAUGACGUGGAGGCCUACUGCCUGUUGUGCGAGUGCAAAUACGAGGAGCGCAGCACCACCACCAUCAAGGUCAUCAUCAUCAUCUACUUGUCUGUGGUGGGGGCCCUCCUGCUCUACAUGGCCUUCCUGAUGCUGGUGGACCCUCUCAUUCGAAAGCCAGAUGCUUACACUGAACAGCUGCAUAAUGAGGAAGAGAAUGAGGAUGCACGCUCUAUGGCAGCCACUGCUACAUCCCUUGGGGGACCCCGAGCCAACACUGUUCUGGAGCGCAUGGAAGGUGCUCAGCAGCGGUGGAAGCUACAAGUGCAGGAGCAGCGCAAGACAGUCUUUGACCGGCACAAGAUGCUCAGCUAGAUGGGCUAGUGCGGGUGGAUCAAGUACCCAGGCCAGGGCUGAGCAGAGCCGGGACCACUUCUCCUCUGCCCUCCAUGCCAGUAUCCCCUUGAAAAGCCUGUGCCAUUUUCCUUUUCUCCUUCUCUAUAGAAAUGUUGUACUUGGCUGUUUUGAUUAGGGUGUAUGAGGGGUCUCCAGUCUCCCUUGUCUCCUUAGGUCUCUGGGGUAGGGGAGAGGGGGAAGGCAGGGCAAAGAGGAAUGGAGACCUCAGAGGUGGCCUCAGGAUUGGACAGAAUUGGUUUCUUCUUAUUCCACCUUGCCACCCCUUUUGGCUUCAGCUCUUGGGAGCUUUAUUAACCUUUGGAAAAUGGUGCUGGGUCGUUAGAGGAGCACAUGAGCCAGCAUUCAGUAUGGGCUUCUGUCUGCGGUGGGUCUGACCUUCCUCCUGGUCCUACCUGUGGCCAGGUCGCAUCCCUCAGGAAUGGCACUGGUGGGAGGCUGGUGCUGCUGAGCCUGCAGAGGUUCUCGGGGUGCCUGGAAGCUUGCUGCCUUCUUCCUGGGCUCCUCAUCCCCCAGUGCAUGGCAGGGCCGGGCACUCCUGCUUUACGCGCUGUGUGUCCUCACAUUCCACCUCGGGAGGCUGGCUGUCCUCUUCUCUCCUAGCAUCUGCUGUUGCUGAGCCAGAAAGUUGGACACAGGCUGAGCAGUGGACUCCAACACCACAGCUCCUGUCCCUGUUCACAUGUCCCUGAACGUCAUUGUACCAGUGCAUGGAGAUAAAUGUUGUCCUGUUGUCUGUAAGGGAAGCCAUCAUUAUAUUGUCCUGUUUCUCUUA